UUGUUUUUUCAUUGAGUUAUUGACGAAUAUUGCGUGUAAACGUGCAAUGAUCUUUUCAAACAAAAAUGCAAUAUUGUUCCGCAUUCUUAUGUGCAUUUACUUCACGGGUGAACAGCACCUGAGUAAUAACAAAAGUAUAAAAUAAUACGAAAAACACGAAAUAAAAUUGUUUUUAUUUUGAUACACACAAAUUGACAAGUAUUGUUGAACAUAAGAGGGAUUGCGUGUCGAAGAUUCCGUCAGACUUCAUGUUAUUUAAAAAAUGUCACGAAAAAUACCAUCGCGUUAUAUAUACAAGCGUGUGUGCAAAACGCCUCACAAACCACGCCGAGUCGACAGAGCAUAAUGUUGUAGACAAAUUAUAAGUGGUCUCCAGUACAGUGUUUGAUAUUUUGAAUUCGUUUCUACGUGUAUUUAAACGAUACGAAUUCGUCCAAGACAUCGUCUUAGGUUCUUAAUUAUACAAUGUUUAACAUCGUUUCGUUAGGAGCGUUGCUCUUGUUUGGCACUUGCUUGACAAACUCACAAAAUCCAAGUAUCUUAGUGCAACCUGCAGGUUAUUUGACCAACGUUUUAUCUAUAAAUAUCAAUACUAAAAAAUGUAUGCAUACCGUCAGCGAUCACUUCUUAAGUAUUGCACUGGAACCGUCAACUAUAUUUUCGGCAUUGCAAAAAAACCUUGGACCAGCCACCAUUAACAUGGCUAAAGGCUUAAAUCCAGCGUACAUAAGGAUAUCUGGUCCGGAAUGCAAUAACUUCAAGUUUCAAGGGGGUGAAGACACUUCGAAAUUGUCACCAACCCAUCCCGCAAGACAAGGGAAAAACAAUAUAACUAUUACCGGCUGGCACUGGUCACAGUUAAACGAAUUUAUAGCCAAAACUGGAUUGGAUUUAAUUGUGGGCUUAAAUGUUAUGAAUAGAAAACACGGAUCGUGGGAUCUUAGUAACACCUUAGAUCUUAUAUCAUAUUCGGAUAAACAAGGCUACAAUAUGGCGUUCCAAAUUGGCAAUGAUAUUCAAACGAUUGGAUCGCGUAUUGAUGGUUCGUCACUCGGUAGGGAUGCAAACAGAUUACGUAAAGUACUUGAAGCAUUCCCUAGAUACUUGAAUUCGCCAAUUAUGGGUCCUGACGUUAGAUCGUGUGAAACUCCAGAAGAAGCUCGGUAUUUGAAGAAUUUUAUCAUAGAAUCUGGUCCUUCGCUUUCUGCAUUAUCAUACCAAGUACCCUUUUCAAGUGAAAAAAAUGUUGAGAAUCCCACUGAAAUAUUCAGCUACAUACAAAAUCAAAUGGAAGCUAGGGUGUGGCAAAAAGAUGUGACAAACAAAUAUCUAGGAAAAAUAGCCACCAAGAAACCUUUAUGGAUUGUAGAAUCGGGAAAUAAAGAUAGAAGAGGAGAUUUCAUGGAUGGAUUAACUUGGGCACAAAGGCUAUGUGCAGGUGCUCGAGUUGGAAUAAAUACUAUUAUGAGAAAACCAUCGUUGUCAUCGCUAAGUGAGCCAACUCCGGAUUAUUGGGUAUCAGUUCUACACAAAGCUUUGGUUGGAUCAGAAGUUUUAGACAUUAAGAUUUCGUCUGGAAAUAAAACUCGUUUAGAAACAGUUGCCCAUUGUACAAAAAUGUCACCGUACGAUCCCAACGAAGGAAUAUUAGCUCCUGAAUAUCGAUAUAAUAGGGGCGCAGUUGUAGUUUUUGGUGUAAACAUGGGAUCAGAAGCCAUAAAAAUAUCAUUAAAAACAGGGCAAAUGCAAAGUUUACCAUUACAUCAAUAUUUCUUAACUACCAACAACAGGCGAACCAAAAGAGCUUUGAAGUCUUUGUCUACUAUGCUUAAUGGACAAAAAUUAAUUUUAUCACCUGAUGGCGAUCUUCCAAUUAUAUCACCAAAAAUUCGAGUAUCCAACCAAUUGAUUACUAUUCCCAGUCAAUGCGUAUUUUUUUUAGUGUUACCGGACAGUAAAUCAAAGGCGUGCAUGGCAGUUCAGAUUGAAGAAUCUAAAGAGUCUUAUAAAAACGGUGUCAAGAUUUUAGAUCAAGAGGAGUUUGAUGAAACCGAUUACAGUACACCGAUAUUAGACCAAGAAGACGAAUUGGUCUCAAAUGAAAAACAAAUGUAUGUGGCAUUCCGACCUAAAUAUAUUAAAACCAAUGAUGAACCUGUAGUUGAAAGAAAAGUUAAUAAUAUCCGAAUAUCUCAGCAAAACAAUGAGGGCUCACCUAAUAUUGAAAACUUGCAACAAUCUGAACCACUGGUAAAAUAUGUCACAUUUUCUAAUAAUAAUUGGCUUUCGAAAUUCCCGAAAACAUUAAAUAAUCGAGAAUAUUCUGAUGAGCCUCCGACAUUUCCUUCAACCGAAACCACCACAAUAGAAACACAAACAGAGUUAGCAAGUCUACCACCACCUAAAAGCAGAAGAGAAAAAUAUCACAUUCUAGCUCAAGCAGUUGCUGGGAGAAGACAUGCAGAGAAAAACCUUCGAUCAGACUUAUACUCAAAUUUAGAUUCUGCUAUAUCAUCUCUUAAACCUUCUCAAAAGUUAAAAUUAAUAAAAAGAUCUAUCGAUGACACAGAUUAUAGUUCAAAAGAAUUAGAUGCAAUUAUUAAAGAAUUUACAAACACAGAAAUACUGCCAUUAGAUCCAUUAUCGAAAAAUGACCAAUCCUCUUCUGAAAUACCUUUUAAACUUGAUGAAGACCGUUUUAAAUCACAUGAUCGUAUUAAAAAAGAAUAUACAACAAUAAACACUGUAGUCCCUGAGGUGAAACAAUCGGAACUUACUUCACAAACACUACAAAAAACUAUAAUCACCUCAACUCCACCCAUGUCAACUGCAGCAGUAGAUAAACAUCAUGCAAAAUAUGAUAGUCAUGUUCAAAAAAUUAAAACCAGGGCAGAACAAGCUUUAGCUAAAGUAAAUGAGAAAACUUCUCUAAAAAUCAAAGGAAGAAGACGGCAAGAUAAAUUUAAAGAAGAAGUAAAAGAUCCCACUGUACAGCACUCAAUAACUGAAAAGCCAAUGACAACAAGUACAAAAUCAAUAACUGAAAAUGCAAUGAUGGAAAGUACAAAAUCAAUAACUGGAAAUUCAAUGGUGUCAAGUAUAAAAUCAAUUUCCGUAAACACAGAACUGCCUAGUAAUGAAAACAUAACCAACUUGGCCGAUAAAUUAAGAUAUAAUCGCCAAACAAAUAGUACAACUACUAAAAUAGCAAGACCUAAAAUCAAUCUGAAAUCGAAAAAAUAUAUCAACCUUUUAGACGUGGAAAACGUCAAGACUACUCCAAUAAGCCAUCCUCCAAUAACCGAAAUAACUAAUGCUCAACCUAGUGUUACAGAAAUGCCCACCAAAAAAACUUUGAAGUUGAGGAGUUUUACAUAUGUACCAAAAACUUUUAUAUUAACCAAACCUAAAGUUAUUGAUGUAGCAGAAAUAAAGAAUGGCAAAACAGUAGUAAGAGAGAGUCGUGAAACAACAAUACUACCAAUACCAAAAAUUAAAACCAAACCAGUUCUACAUCCUUUAGGAAGAGUAAGAACUCUACCCAAUGUCGAUCUCGAACAAAUUGCAACUAACGAAAAAAUCGCAGAAAGAUUGGUCGAGAACCUUAAGGACGGGAAAAAAAUAUUACAGUCCGAACAAAUUGUCAGCCCAAUAGAUAAUAAAAGUGAAGAUAGUAAACUUGAAAGCAAAACCAGUUCAUCGGCAGUAAUUAAAAUUAAAGCUUUAGAAGAAAAAUUAAAAACUCGUAGAAUGGAAAUAGAACAUAAACUUCAUCAGAAAGUUCACAAAGUCAAACGAUCCCUCAAAAAUGUUGUAGUUGAAGAUGACAUAAUGGAUGUUAAUGACAUUUUGAAUUCUGAUAGAUCCAAUGAACUUAGCAUAAAAGGUGAGCCAGUUUUGAAACGUGAAAUUAUUAGGUAUCCCCGAUCGGUGGCUGACUUUACGGUUAAGUUAAACGAAGUGAAUACAUACAUAGACAAAAACGAGCAUGCUGUUGAUCCAAAAAACAACGAAGUCACAGGAGACAGUGAUAAUUUGAUAGACUGGAAAAAUAAGAACGAAAUGAACAUUUUAUCAGAAGACAGUGGGUUUGACAAUUUAAACAUUAAACUUAAACGCAAAUCUGUUUUUGAGGAUACAGACGAAGACGAUUACAGUAAGACAACUAUUAAUAUGGUCAAUAAACUGUUUAGCCAUAUGAAGACAUUUUGGAAAUAUUUAAAGAAAACAUUCCAAUUGUAAAAACAUAACAAAUAUAAUAAUUAUAUAAAUAAUAUAAAAUUAUUUAAGUAUAAUGUUAGGAACUUUAAAUGUACCUGCUACUGAACAUUUAAUUUAACUUGUUUACUUUGUACAAAUACGUAUUAAUUAAUUAUUAUUUUUAUACGUUUCAAUUAAUUUAUUCAACUAUUGAGUAGGAGGCAUGCAUAAGACGACGAUGUUGUCGUAUUUAUUUUUUGUUAUUGUAAUACCUAUAUUUAUAUUAUCCUUUAGGUACUAUAAUAGUAUAACCUAUAAGUAUUUUAAUAUUAGUCUUAACGCUAUGAUUGAAUUUGACCAAUGUAGCUUAAUAUUAGUAUUAAAGAUACCUACUUAUGUUAUAUUAAAUAAUUGUAAAUUAAGAAUUUAUUAAUUACAUAAUAUAGAUUUAGAUUAUAUUUAUAUCAAUUUACAAAAGUUGUAAUGUAUAUUUUAUUUAUUAUACCUUUUUAAACAGCUGUCU